AUGCAGCACAGUAAAGAGCGCCAUCCAGGCAUGCCCAAACAACCUCGCGAAGUGGAAAGCGCAACAGACACAUUACCAGUGGUUGAUGGUGACGAUCAUGACGAGCAACAAGUCUCCGUUCGUGAUCUCACAGCAGGAUCAGAGCCUGAUCUGCUUGCAAUUUUGAUGACACAGCUUUUCGACUGCGAGCAAGAAGAGAAGACUACCCUUCAGCGCCACACAUUUGAAUCACAGCGUUUCAAGCCUGGAGCUGCAAGGAUGGAUCCCCAACAGCGUGCCCAACAAGCCGCGUUGGUGGACAAGAUCAACGGCGAACUCACCGAAGUCAGGCAGCGGAGAAAUCACAUCGGAGAGCAGCUCACGGUACUACAAACUAGAGACCGAGUAGAGGUGCGCAAAUCAUCGAAUGGCUGGCAUGAUAGACUCAAAGACUGGGAAAUUCGCUCGUCAACAUCGGGUGGCCCCUCCUCUUCCCAUGCGACUGAACGGCCUGUAGCUGAUGUAACUCUUUGGCCCCAGACUGGGUCAGUGCCGACUUCUUCGACUGUUGGUGGAGUUUACGUACCUCCUGCGCAGAGCGGUCUAGGUCCUAGGCAAGAAAUUCGAAAUGGAUUACCGAGCGCAGCCAAUCAGACAGCCGUCGAAUCUGGAGGCAUCGAAAAGAAUGAAGAAGCGAGAACCACCUCUGUUGGCGCCAACUACAGUCCGGGUGCCGAUGAGUUCGCUGGAUUCUCGACACUGAUUGCUGAAGCCAAAUCUCGGUUGCUACAUUAUACCAAUAGGACUAUGAUUUCGUACGAGGAAUCGAACAUCACUCGUCUACAGACCGAACUGGAUGCCAUGCAGUUUAGGCAUCUCAAAGCUCAGACACCGUCCCAGCGACUGCUGGAUGCGGGACUCACAAGCCAGGACUUGGCUCGACCAAGUCCCGCGGGAAACAUGAAUGAGGUUCAGGCAGAAGAAUCUCUUAUUGCUGCAUCCACAAUCGACAAGAUCAGACAAGCUGUGGACGGUAUCGAAGUCAAUGGAGAUGGCCUACAGUCCAUUGGUCAAGCGCGUUCCUCCAGUCCCCUGGUGACUGGAAUUGCUUUGGACUUGGCCAAUAAACUUCAACAAGUCACGACACCUAUGUCUCUGAGUGGUAUAGGACCAACGCCAGAUGAAAGACCAUCACCUACAGGGUUGGUGGACGACACUCAGAUCUACCGGCAGGUCGCCGAGCCCGCAGCUGACAGGCCAAAUGCUGGCUCCUUCGAGAACGAGAGUGUUGAUGGCGGUCAUCCAGGGCCACACAGUGCAAAAAGGGAGACCAGUCCUCACGAAGACUAUCGUGAAGCUCCGCAGGUCAUGCGUCAAGCCAAUACAGAACGCAGACAAUCGCCAGAGGACGAUGAGAGCGAGACAGAGUGGCAAUCUGCACAGAGUAACUUUGAUGAGGCCUCAAGGAGUACCAUAUCUGUCGCUUCAUCGGCUGAUCAGGCCGAAGAUCGUCAUGCAAACGGUCCUGUCACUUCUGAGCCCCCGUCCACGUCAAGAACUACGCCGCAGGCAGUGCAUAAGCCUGGCGUCUCUCUAAUUCCGGGCCUCGACACAGACACAACCUCAGGCGCAAGGGACAAUCAUCGCACUUCAACUCAGCGUAAGGAAGAUGGGCGCAGGCGGAAGAAGCUCGCAUAUGACGCACAGAUGAGAAAGGAGGCGCAGGAGGCAAAGAACAAGCAGGCGAGACUCAACGAGAAGGAGAAAAAGAAGAAGGGCAACCAAAACAAGUGA